CAACAGCACAGAGCCUUCCACAUCUCCAAUCAUGAAGGCCUUGAUUGUAUUGAGCGCUGUGUGCCUGUGCGUGGCUCUAGCUGCUGAGCCUGAACAAAAAGAGGCAACGCAGGAGACCAAGAAACAGGAAAAACGCGGGCUCAUCGGGCUCGGCGACCAUGGUGGAUUUGGUGGCGGAGACUUGGGUGGACAUGAUUUCGGCGGCGGUGGAUUGGAGCUUGGGGGACACGGAGGCUACGGAGGCUACGGAGGAGAAAUCAGUCUUGGUGACAUCGGUGGAGGUGGUGGCCACGACCACCACGAACACCACGAACACGUAAAGACGGUCGUGGUUGAGAAGAAAAUUCCAGUCCCUUACACUGUUACUAAGCACGUACCUUACCAUGUGGAAAAGAAAAUCCCAUAUGAGGUUAAAGUUCCAGUACCUCAACCCUACACCGUAGAAAAGAAAAUCCCUGUACCAGUUAAGGAGUACGUUAAAGUACCAUACAUCGUUCCUCAACCAUACGAAGUCAUCAAGAAGAUUCCUUAUGAAGUCAAAGUACCCGUACCAAGACCUUACGAAGUCAAAGUACCUGUUCCCCAACCCUACACCGUCGAGAAGAAAAUCCCUGUUCCAGUCAAAGUGCCCGUACCACAGCCCUAUACCGUCGAAAAGAAAGUUCCGUAUCCAGUCAAGGUAGAGAUUCCAGUUCCACAACCCUACACCGUGGAGAAAAAGGUACCUUACGAAGUUAAAGUACCUGUGGAUAGGCCAUACCCCGUGCACGUACCAAAACCAUACCCAGUCACUGUCGAAAAACACAUUCCAGUACCAGUAGAAAAACCAGUGCCUUAUGAAGUAAAAAUACCCGUCGACAGGCCUUAUCCCGUCGAGGUACCUAAACCUGUCCCAUAUCACGUCAAGGUACCCGUACCUCAACCCUACACCGUUGAAAGGAAGAUACCAGUCGAGAUCGAGAAGCCUGUACCAGUACCAGUUAAAGUACCCGUGGAUAAACCAUAUCCCGUGUACAAAGAAAUUCCGUACCCGGUAGAAAAACCGGUGCCAGUUCCAGUCAAAAUUCCCGUGCACAUACCGAUUAAGAUCCAUUCGCACCACGAAGAACUGGGUGGUUUGGAAGGAUCUUACGGGGGGUAUCACCACUGAUUUGUUGUUAGAUCGUUAUUCAUUGUUAUGUAAUUACUUUUUUUAUAUCUUUGUGCUUGUUAAACGCGCUAAUUAAUGUACUUCAUUUCGACAUUUGCUCAAUUUAAAUCGUUUCCUCAUUUAAAUUCAUGAAGCGUGCAGUAUUAUUACUUAGAAACUGUGUUAAUUAGUGUAAUUUAUCUACUUUUAUAAUAAAUCAUUUCUACGUACAACAA